GUGUUGCCUAGGAACUGCGCUUGAUCCGCUCUGGAAGGAGAACACGCCUGACCAGCGCAGAGAGCUGACGACUGUGCUGUAGCAGUAUCUGAGUGUGCAGAUUCGGUCCGGGUUUGGAAAUGGAGGCUGUACGCUUCGGGCUCUACAGAACGGGCAUUAGGCGUUUAUAACACGCCUUCAAAGCAGAACAGUGUGUGCACACUCGCAGAGCAUACUGUAGUGUAGGGAGAUGCAGGCAGCUGCUUGAUUACUCAAGGAGGAGCUGUUCGCCUGGUUAGUGGCGCACAUUCUCGCCAGAUACGGCCAGAACUUUCUAGGGCAGCCAGGGGUAUUCUCAUAACUUUUUUCUUGUCUUAGACAAUCUAAUUCCAGCCAUUUCCACCCCCCUUGAACACGUCAGCUAAUACGUUCUAUAUAGGAGCUCCGGGACAAAUGGCACAGUUCUCACAACCUAGAAGCCUUCAAAACAUGAAGACGCAGUCUCCAAUGGUGCAGAUGGCUACAAACGACGCUCUCCCCCCAGGCUGGGAAAUUAAAAUUGACCCUCAAACUGGAUGGCCAUUUUUCGUGGAUCACAACAACAGGACAACAACCUGGAACGAUCCCAGGCAUGAUCUAAAAGAGGAAAGGCAGCUAUCAUCCAAUGGACCCUCCUUGUCACCGCAGUCCUCCCAGGACAGCCACCAGCCCUACGUCAGGGAGAUGCAGUACCCCACCCUGCGCCAGGGCUACAUCCCCAUCCCCAUCGCCCACGAGGGCCUGGAGCACCGGCCCCUGCAGCAGCACCCCUACUACUCAUACGCACAGCCUAGCAUGCACAGGGUUAAAACAGAGGUCCGGACCCCGUCCCCCACGCAGGCACACGCAGGACGGCCCACGUCUCCCGUCAGGCCCCCUUCUGAGGUGUCUCACUCUGAGCCUCACUGUGGACAAGCAGGGACAGCUGCCGGCUGCCAGGGCCCGCUCUCACAAGGACCUGAGCACCACCAUCACCAUCACCCCCACACCCAGGACUGCUCCCACGCAGCCCCUGCUCACCAGCCUGGGAGGCCCUGCAGCGGAGGCCCCCAGCUCCUGCCGGGCUACAUCCCCAUCCCGGUGAUCCACGAGGGGGCAGGAGGGCGGCCCCAGCCCCUUCACUCACACCAGCACCCCCAGACCCCCCAACGGCCCCAGCACCCUGAGUACCAGCCCGUCUACCACAGAGUGCAGCCGGAAGACUGGGCUUACCUGCCCGGCCGCUCACAGAGUCCCCGAGACCGGCCAAGCCGCGAAGCGUCGCCCAUCCGCAUCCCCCAGCAGAUGAGGGCCCAGUCCCCAGUCCGGGUGCACACCAUGGGGCCACAGGUUCAACACCAGAUCCCUCGUCAAGAGUCACCUCCCAGAAUACACCAGGAGGAACGGGGCAGCCCGUGCAGGGCGGAUAUCCACCAGGCUUACAUCCCGGUCCAGCCACUCUACAAGGAGAACGACCUCAGACAGCCACUCCCCAUGCCUGAGAAGACGGAGGCCAAGAUCUUUGUGCCAACAAAGAGCGUCCCACAGGAAAUAAGGGCCACCCCGGAAGAGGUUCCUCCUCAGAAGCCAGAAGAACCAGAAGAAUUGUCACCGAGCCACCCGGGCCUGGCUAAGGUUCAGCAAAUCGUCGACAGGGUUCAGAAACUGGAGGAAGAAGUCAAGAACUUUGAAGGGAAGAAAAACGACAAACGCUACAUGAUGCUGGAAGAGUUCUUGACUAAAGAGCUGCUGGCCCUGGACUCCGUGGAUCCCGAGGGGAGGAUCGACGUCCGUCAGGCCCGGAGGGACGGGGUCAGGAAGGUCCAGAACAUUCUGGAAGGACUCGAACUGAUUGCCGAACAGCAGAAGCGUAGCGAGCAAUCCAACGAAGAAGCCAACCAAUCGGGAGGAAAAGGAGACGCCACCAUGAUCGGCCAAGUGGAGUCAACCACGGAGAAGGAGAUUUAUUAACAGGAACCAGCGCCCCGUCUGUUAAGGAAGAAUCAAACCUAAAUAAACCUGCUGCUCCUGCAUAACUUUGUGAACAAACUUUUAAGAUGCAUGCCUAAUGGAGUUUAAUAACUAUUGUUUUCUACCAUCUUGUAGAUGACUGGGAAAAGGGAGGAGUUCAAUAUAUUGUAUAUUAUAAUAAUAGCUAAUAAUAUAGGGAGAUAAUUACCAAUGCCCCUGUAAAGAGCAGCAUCCACUGAUAUGCAGUACAAAUGCAUGCCUUAGUAAGGAAGAUAUGAGGAAGAGGGGAAAGGUCACUGUUAUAAGGAAUGGUAUUGUUAAAUGGUAAAUCAUAACUAUAUAUAUAUUAUAUAUAUAUUAUAAAGGAAUCUGGGGUCUGGUUUGGUUAGCAUGAAGCAGGGCAUUAUAACUAGUUGAACUCUCUCCACCGGUUCAAACUGUGCGUCUGUAUCCAAACUGUGAGACGCUCUGCAGCUCGUGUAAAAGCUCCACGGGUUUGUUUAUAGUUUCAUUUGACAAUCAUGAAAGACUCGUGCACCACUGCCUUGUGAUCUGCACUGCAUCGUCAAAAGAAAAUCAUCACAGCGUUCUCUCCACUGUUGGGCACUUUAAAGAAUAGUCUGUUUGUGUGUUGUUUAACUAUUUAAGUGUGAGGGCGUUUUUUUUUGUUGUUUGUUCAAAUAAAAAAAAAUGAUAUUGAAAA